AGGCUGAGCUGUAGCAUGCAGGCGGAGGAGGGCACAGACUGGCUGCUGGAGCUGCUCACCGAGCUGCAGCUGCAGCAGUACUUCCUGCGCAUCCGAGACGAGCUCAACGUCACACGCCUCUCCCACUUCGAGUACGUCAAAAAUGAGGAUCUGGAGAAGAUUGGCAUGGGACGCCCCGGCCAGCGGCGGCUGUGGGAGGCAGUGAAGCGGAGGAAAGCCAUGUGCAAGCGGAAAUCCUGGAUGAGCAAGGUGUUCAGUGGGAAGCGCCCGGAGUCGGAGCUGCCGCCCCAGCCCCAGAGCACCUUCCGCAAGCCUCCCACACCACCACCCCCCGAAGCUGGGGGCCAGCACUCCCUCACCUGCCUCGUGCGGGAGCGGGACCUCUCAAUCUUUGAGAAGCUGGGUGAUGGCUCCUUUGGGGUCGUACGUCGUGGCGAGUGGUGCACACCUGCUGGCAAGACGCUGAAUGUGGCAGUGAAGUGCCUCAAGACAGAUGUGCUGAGCCAGCCGGAGGCACUGGACGACUUCAUCCGGGAGGUGAAUGCCAUGCACUCCCUGGACCACAGGAACCUCAUCCGCCUCUAUGGCGUGGUGCUCUCCCACCCCAUGAAGAUGGUGACAGAGCUGGCCCCACUGGGCUCCCUGCUGGACCGGCUGCGGAAGAACCAGGGCCAUUUCCUCAUCUCCACCCUGUGCCAGUAUGCCAUCCAGGUGGCCAAGGGCAUGGCCUACCUGGAGUCCAAGCGCUUCAUCCACCGUGACCUGGCUGCCCGCAACAUCCUGCUGGCCUCCAAUGAGCUCGUCAAGAUCGGGGACUUUGGUCUGAUGCGGGCACUGCCCAAAAAUGACGAUCACUACGUGAUGCAGGAGCACCGCAAGGUCCCCUUUGCCUGGUGUGCUCCCGAGAGCCUGAAGACACGCACCUUCUCCCACGCCAGUGACACCUGGAUGUUCGGAGUGACCCUCUGGGAGAUGUUCACCUAUGGCCAGGAGCCUUGGAUUGGCCUCAAUGGCAGCCAGAUCCUGCACAAGAUAGACAAGGAGGGUGAGCGGCUGCCACGGCCUGAGGACUGUCCCCAGGACAUCUACAACGUCAUGUUGCAGUGCUGGGCACACAAACCCGAGGACCGACCCACCUUUGUGGCCUUGAGAGACUUCUUGGUGGAGGCUCAGCCCACCGACAUGAGAGCGCUGCAGGACUUUGAGGAACCAGACAAGCUGCACAUCCAGAUGAACGACAUCAUCACGGUCAUUGAGGGCAGGGCCGAGAAUUACUGGUGGCGGGGUCAGAAUAAACGGACCCUAAAAGUGGGCCAAUUUCCCCGAAACACGGUGACCUCGGUGGCAGGGCUGUCAGCCCACGACAUCAGCCAGCCACUUAAAAACAGCUUCAUCCACACAGGCCAUGGAGACACCAACCCGCAGCACUGCUGGGGGUUUCCCGAUAAAAUUGAUGAGCUGUACCUGGGAAAUCCCUUGGACCCUCCUGAUAUUUUAGGUGUGGACCAAACUGCUGCCAGACCUACACAGCUUCCAGGGAGAGCUAAAAGGCAGCCUCCUCCGCGCCCACCUCAGCCUACCGUCCUGCUCACCAAGCCUUGCUACGACCCAGUUAGUGAGGAGGAGGAGGGUCUGCCAGGAGGUCUCCGGAAGCUCUGCCUGAAGAAGCCUGGCACAGGGAAGGGUCUGCGACCAGCCAAGCCAUCAGCACGAGUCCCGGGCACCAAGGUGGGCGAGCGGCAACCCAGACGGCUGGCAAGCGAGGGGACAGCAAGCAGCGAGGUGACUCUCAUUGACUUUGGGGAGGAAGUUCCCCAGGGUAGCCCCUCUCCAGUGGGAGAGCUGACAGCCCUGUCAUUAGCCGAGCUGGCCAUGGAAGCCUUCUCUUUGCUGGACAAGACCCCACCACAGAGCCCCACGCGGGCUCUGCCUCGGCCUCUGCACCCCACACCGGUGGUGGACUGGGAUGCCCGGCCCUUGCCCCCACCGCCUGCCUAUGAUGAUGUGGCACAGGAUGAGGACGAUAUUGAGGUCUGUUCCAUCACCAGCCCCCCAAGCCGGCGGGGAAAGACCAACUAUGGCUUUGUGGAUGAGGGUGAGCGGGGACCGGCACUGGAGGACAACCUCUUCCUGCCCCCCAAGGAGACCAAGCAGCCCAGCAUGACACAGACCACCGAGCUCUUCGAGGAGCUGCAGCAGGAGUGCAUGAAGAGGCUCAACGUCCCUCUGGGACCGGCUGCACCAGCUGAUGACAAGCCCCAGAUCCCUCCCCGCGUCCCAAUCCCGCCCCGGCCCCUUCGCCGCAAUGAGCCUGGGCGCUGGUCAGGGGACCUCUCCCCAGCUUCGGGGGGCGAGGAGGACCGGCCGCCCCAGAUCCCCCCGCGGGACCCGCUGUCCCGGCCCACCUCUCGGACACCCAGCCCCAUGGCUCUGCAGGUGGGCUCACCCCAGCAGCGUGCUGCCCUCUGCUCCUGCCUCUCCACCUCACCAGGGAAGCCCAUGCCCACCACACAGAGCUUCGCCCUCGACCCUAAGUACGCCACCCCCAAGGUCAUCCAGGCGCAGGGCAAGGACUGCUCCAAGGGGCCCUGCAUCCUGCCCAUCGUGAAGGAUGGGCAGAAGGUGAGCAGCACUCACUACUACCUGCUGCCUGAGCGCCCGGCCUACCUGGACAAGUAUGAGAAGUUUUUCAAGGAGGCUAAAAGCCCUGAGGAGGUGGCAGCGUCCCGCCAGGUCACCACAGCCACUGUCCGUCCCAUGGUGCAGCAGCCACUGUCAGACUGCAAGGGCAACUUUUCCUCCAACAACAGCAACCCUGGGCCCAAGUGCCUGGUGAAAGCCUCCUGCAGCCUCCAGAAGAUUGUGUACGACGGGCCGGAUGUUUGCCGUCCUGCUGACAAGAUCCGGUUGGUGCAGGACAUGGUGCAUGGUGUGACCACCGAGGAAUGCCAGGCAGCCCUUCAGAGCCAUGGCUGGAACGUCCAACGGGCUAUCCAGUACCUGAAGGUGGAGCAGCUCUUCUGCCUGGGGCUGAAGUCCCGUGGUGAGUGCCAGCAGGUGCUGGAGAAGUUCAACUGGAACCUGGCACAGGCCAGCUCCCACCUCCUCGGUCCCUACAGCGCCACCCGCCAGAAGUGGUGACAGCGGGGACAGGGCGAGCUGUGUUGGAUCCAGAGCAGGCAUCUCGCCAUGGGGCCAGUCCCACCGCCUCCACCCAUACAACCUGCUGCAGGACUCUGGACUGAGCCCCCACU